AUGGGGCUGAAGGGUUUACUGGUAGUUGUCUUGGUGGUAGUGCUAUUGUACGAUGAAGUACUUGCUAAAUCCAAAUCCAGUCGCGUCUGGAGUAGCAGUCGUGGGGGCAAUGUCAAACCGUUUUCACGUUCGAAACCAAAGUAUCAUCAUUCAUCAAGGUCAAGUAUGUUUUCACGUCGAAGUGGGCUAUCGAAUUCUCGUAAGAAAGCAUUAUUUUUUACGGCUGGUGCUUUGGCUGGCAUAUAUAUCGGUUCAAGAAUGCGUUCAGCUGUUCAUUUAAGAUCUUACCAUGAUUUGUAUAAAUAUGAAGUGUGUGAAGGUCGACGUACAGAGUAUAUUAAUGCGACGGGGAUGACGCGUACAUAUACCUACUUCCUGUGUCCUGAUGAUCCAAAUCAACCAUUCGAAAGAUAUUGUUGUUGGGAUACAUCAACUGGUAUGGGUGUAUGCUGUUCAUAUGAUGUUAAAGUAGGAGCAAUAGUUGGUGCAUUAUUUGGAAUUCUAUUUUUGGGAUUGGUAAUCGGUAUAUUCUUCUAUUGUUGUUGUCGGCGUAAACGUCAGUCCGUGGUCAUGGAACCAGUUGAUAUUCCAACUGGACAGCCUAUUCCACCUGUAGAUCCAUUUUACAAACCGAAUCAGUAUCCUGGAAUGUAUCCAACUCAACCUGUACCUUCCUAUCCUGGAUAUCCUUAUCCACCAGCUGGUCAAGGUGUUGUCUACAUCCAAAAUGGCAGUACUCCCUAUCCACCUGCACAACCUGUAACUCCAACACCUGGACCAACGCAGAUCGGGUCUGGUUGGGGUGGUACAGCAGAUGUUAAUUUAUCCAAUCAAGCUGCAAGACCAAAUUAUCCGCCUCCACCAUAUCCAGGCUAUCCGUCAUCAUCACCACCACCAAUCACAGAUGAUCCGACGGUUAAUCCAAGUGCUCCAAGUUCUGCAUUCAUGACAAAGAGUUGA